AUGGUUUCCUUGAUGACUGGUCUGAGUCGGCUAAUUAUUCCCAUGAUCGUCCUGUCGCACUUCUCAGCAUCUCUUCCAUCCCGAGAGAGGACUGAGAGACAUGCUGACGGGCUUUUCCACAGUGAGCUCAGCAAGAUGAAUGACAACGCUUACGUGCAGCAGCUAGUGAAACACCUGGUGGGACUCAAGGAGAGAACUCAGAGGCACUCAGAUGGAUUGUUCACCAGUGAAUACAGCAAGAUGAGGGGAAACGCUCAGGUUCAGAAAUUUAUUCAAAAUCUCAUGGGCCGCAAGCGCAGCAAUCCGGGCCUGGUCAAAACAGAAGUGCAGGAGAAGGAGAAAGAAAACAGCAAUGAGGACUUUUGUUAUAUGUGGCUGUACCAGAGCUUUUUGAACAGCAGCCACUCAGACAGCGAUGCCAAGGAAGCUGCUGAAGUUACCAGCCAGUACAUUUGCCCCCUCUGCAGCUGGUGA